AUGAAGGUCUCUGUAGCCCUUCUGUGCCUGCUGCUCAUGGUGGCCACCUUCGGGAUCCAGGUGCUGGCUCAGCCAGAUGCACUCAGUGCCCUGUCCAGCUGCUGUUUCAUGUUUAGCAAUAAGAAGAUCUCUGUGCAGAGGCUGAAGAGCUAUCGAAUCACCAGCAGCCGGUGUGCCCAGAAAGCUGUCAUCUUCAGAACCAAACUGGGCAAGGACAUCUGUGUCAACACGAAGAAGAAGUGGGUCCAGAAUUAUGUGAAAUACCUGGAUCAAAAACCUCACACCCAGAGGACCUGA